AUGGGGGCUGAGGAGCCGCGUCCCAUUCUCCUGCUGCUUUCAGUCCUGGCCCUAACCCAGACCGAGACCCAGGCCAGCGCGGGUUCGCACUCGCUGCGCUAUUUUGUUACCACGACGUCCGGUCCCGGGGUCCGGGAGCCCCGAGUCAUCAUCGUUGGCUACGUGGACAACAUCGAGUUCAUGAGCUUCGACAGCGACGCGGAGAGUCCGAGGACAGAGCCCCGGGGGUCGUGGGUAAAACGAAUGGGUCAGAAGUUUUGGGAAGAGGAGGUAAAAUAUGCCGAGAGUUAUGCACAGAGGGCCCGAGAAAACCUACGAUUGGCAUUGAGCGUCUACAACCACAGCAGUAAUGAUUCUCACACCAUCCAGUGUUUAAUUGGCUGCGAAAUUGGACCGGACGGGCGGCUCAUCCGAGGCGAAUAUGCGCACGCUUACGACGGCAACGAUUAUCUUAGCCUGAACGAGGAUCUGCACUCCUGGACCGCUGGCGACACCUCGGCUCAGAUCGCUGCCGACAAGUGGAAAGCUGAUGGUGUAGCAGGACGCAUCAGAGCCAUUCUGGAGGGGAGAUGUGUAGAGACACUCCUCAGACAUCUGGAGAUAGGGAAGAAGACACUGCAGAGAACAGAUCCCCCGAAGGCACAUGUAACCCAUCAUCUAAGACUUGAAGGGGAUGUCACCCUGAGGUGCUGGGCCCUGGGCUUCUAUCCAGCUGAGAUCACCCUAACCUGGCAACGUGAUGGAGAGGACCAGAUCCAGGACAUGGAGCUAGUGGACACCAGGCCUGCAGGGGAUGGAACCUUCCAGAAGUGGGCAGCGGUGGUGGUGCCUUCUGGGGAUGAGGAGAGAUACACCUGCCUUGUGCAUCAUGAGGGGCUGCCCGAGCCCCUCAUCCUGAGAUGGGAGCCUCCUCCAUCUCCCACCACCCCCAUCAUGGGGAUCAUUGCUGGUCUGAUUCUCCUUGGAGUGUUGGUUGCUGGAGCUGUGGCUGUCAUUGUGAUGAGGAAGAGUACAGUAGGUUCUCACUCUGUACCCCAGGCUGGUCUGAAUCUCACCCUGUAACUGCGACAGCUAAUCUUCAGGGGCAGCUGGAUUGGAUUUCGAAUCUCCAAGAACUUGCAAUUCUGGAAAUGUCUGUGAAGUUGUUUCCAGAGAAGAUUAAUUCAGCAGAGGAGGAGGCUAUUGAAUGUGGGGUGACAACAGCCCAUGAUGUGGGGGUCCAGAAGAAAGGAGAGGAAAAGGAGAAAGCCAGAUAAGAGCCAGCGUCCCCACACUCUGCUUCCUGAUGCAUGGAGAUGUGAGUCAUCCCAGCCACAG